CCAGCCCUCGUUCGAUCGACAGGUGGACGGUUGAUUGACACGAUAAAAACAGAUCUCGGGAACAUUGUCGAAACUGCUGUGUGAAAUCUGAUUUCUGGAACAAUGUCUAAUGUGAAACGUAACCAAAACAAUUCGGAAAUUGAUGACACUGACAUCGUGGUACUUUCGUCCGACGAUGAAGCUUCUGUACGACCUUCCCCGUCUGAUGAGCAAAGCAUAAGCGUGGAUAGUGAUACAGAACUGCCCGGCGACUUUCCUCCGGUGGAAGUUUGUGCCGAACGUUGCCGAAAAUUCGCUGAAGUAACAGAUACAAACGAGGCUUUGGCGCAGUUUUACCUGCAGGAUCGAAAUUGGAAUUUGGAAAGAUCUAUCCAGGAAUACUACGAAGAUCUUGCUGAACGAAAUCGAGGCGAACCCCCGCCAAAAAUCAAAUCCGCAGGGGAAACCUCGACUGCAACUGGCAGUGAAGUCGUUAGACUGUCUAGUAGUGAUGAUGACGAAUCGUAUGAGCAGGCUGUAGACCAGAAAAACGAAGAACUUUCGGACGAUCUCAUGAAAGUCAUUUCGUGGAACAUCGACGGACUAGAUCCAAAGAAUGUUGAACUGCGCACAAACAACGUUUGUUCUAUCAUUAAAAGGGCGCAAGCAGACAUCGCCAUGCUUCAGGAAGUUACACCCGUGACAUUGAAUCUGAUUCAGCAAAACUUGGAAUCAGAUUACCACAUUUUACAUUCAGGUCUUAGUGACUACUUCACAGCCAUUUUGGUUCACAAGAAGCGUAUUAAGCUCGGUAAUAGUCGCGUUUUUGAGUUCUCAAGUUCGUCGAUGGGUCGAAAACUUCAAGUCGUUGAGGUUUCGUUUAAGAAACGCCACAGUCUGUUUAUUUUAAAUACUCAUUUGGAGAGUACAGCAGAGUUUUCUGAUGUGCGAAAAGAACAACUCCGAAAAUGUUUCCGAAACAUCAACAAGAUCCCCACAGAUACGGCUGUACUCUUUGCGGGAGACCUGAACCUGCGUGACAAAGAGCUGGAUGAGAUUGGCGGAAUCCCGCCCGGAAUCGUCGAUGUUUGGGCUGAGCAGGGCUCGCGACCCGAAGCGCGGUACACGUGGGAUAUGACGCGAAAUGAUAACCUUUUGUGGAACGGGAGUUUUCGACCUAAGUGUCGCUUUGAUCGAAUGUACUACAGGAAGUCCGCUAGCCAGGAGACUCAGCUUCGUCCAGCCUACUUUGGCCUUAUAGGAAUCGAGCGCCUGUUACCACAUCGGUGUUUUCCCAGCGACCAUUGGGGUCUCUACGCGCAUUUCCGGUUGAUCUAAGUAAACCGAAUUCAACUUGAUUCUAAUAGGCCGAAUACUUCGGCAUUUUGGGAAAUCAGUUGUCGACCGGGACACGAAUCAUUUGUCAUUAUACUGCCUAAUGUAUACAUUUUAUAUCUCCUUAUAUAAAUGUUAAAGGACUGAAGUUUUUGACCAGCUAAAUAUGUAUGUUUAGAACCUACUUAAAACUGCUAAAGGUUCAGAUGUUAUCGUGCAUCUUCGCUAUAGCUGUAUGGUUGUUUGCGUUCAGACGAAUGAUUCCUAGUUGCGAGACGAAGAGCCUAUACAAGUCAGUCUGGCUGGACAGUCCUUCAUCGUCUUUUAUCAGGCUUGUAUAGCCGGUACUAGCUACCUUUACAACAAAUCAGUUGUUACCAUGUUAUAGAAGUCUUAUAAUCGUCGCUGCUGAAAUUAAUUGAAGAGGUCAAGAAGCUGAAAGGAAAUCUAACUUAGCCUAGCAUCAUAGUUUGAAUUGGUGCUUAGAGUUACGGGCAUUUCCUGAGGAUCUAUUUGUAGACGUCUAUCUUCUGCCUUAGAUAAGUUGAACUAGAGUAAACAGACGUCAAUGGAUCUUUA